GUUUAAAUAUCAAUGAAGGUAGGAGAUUUCACACCUUGCCUGCUGCUCUAAGAUUGUUCAAUUUUAAAUUUUCGGUAAAUCGAUCUCGACGAUGGCAAACUUUACGGGAAGCUACAUUCUGGACAAGAGCGAAGGCUUCGAAGAAUACCUGAUCGCCCGAGGUAUCUCUGCCGAGAAGGCUAAGGCAGGUGCAGCGGCGGCGACGCAGAUGGACAUUGAACACUCCGGUGACCAGAUGAAGAUCCGAGUCUGCGCCGGUGACACGGAGAUCAGCAACCUGACCCACACGAUCGGCAAGCAGCUAGACGUUCCACGACCAGACGGACAGGUCAUGAAGACUACGCUGACGUUGGAUGGCAAAAAAGCAGUCAUGGAGCAGAUUGAUGGCAAGGGAGUCAAGGAGGUGAUCGUGCGUGACCUGCAGGCAGAUGGCUCCAUCGUCGCAACAAUGACAUCUAAUGGCGUCACGGCCACGCGUCGAUUUAAGAAGAAGUGAAUCACUCAUCCGACAUCACAGGCGCUGAGCGAUCCAAGAGUUAGCCCGACAGCGUCGUUGCUUCGCAAGAAUUUCCCGCGACUCUUUAAAAAGCAUUAACCAGUCUAAAAAAACAGAACUCAAUUGCAUACUUGUGAAAAAGUGAACAUUUGAAUAAUAAAUUCGUCGUAUCACUGUUCUCUAA